AUGUCAAAACGAGCACAUAUUCGUCAAAGACGAGGCAGUGAUGAUGAUGAUAAUAGUCAGCCAGGUAAUGACGAUAGUAAUGGACCCAAUUCGAAUGAAGGAUCUGAUAGCGGAGUUUCUAUGGAAGAUCUUAAAUUAAUUCAGAAACUUCGUCAACGUAAAAAAGGUGUUUCAGCAGAAGAACUUGCUCUUGGCAAACAAGCUAAUCCAUUGUUUGGUUCGAAAAAAAAUGAUUCAAAUGAUCCAUACAAAUUAAAAACAGGUGGUCUUGUUGAUAUGAAUUCUUCAAAAUCACAACAACGUGGACGUUCAUCGAAAGAUCUAAGUACAAUUAAUGAUAAUUUUGCUCGAGAAACAAAUACACGUGAUGAAGAUACUGAAAUGCAGCGUUACAUUGAAGAACAACUUAUUAAAAUACAACAAAAAUCAACAGCAACAUCAAAUGCAUCAACGAAUGAUGAAUUAAAAGCUGUUUUUGCUACAUUAAAAAAACCUGAAGAUACUCUUUUUCAUGUUAGUAAACAUUUGAUUACAGAUCAUUCAGCACAAGCGUCCGAAGAAAUGCUUUCAGAACAAAUGUUAAGUGGAAUACCUGAAGUUGAUAUUGGUGUUGAAGAAAAAAUACGUAAUAUUGAAGAAACAGAUAGAGCGAAACGAAAAUUAUUACAAACAUUAUGCGAGAAAAAAGGUGUAGAAAAGAAAAUGUCAACAAUUGUUUCACAAACUCCAACACCAAUCAGUAUAUUAGCUAGUACACCAGUUGUACCACCAACACCGACAAAACCGGCUUCAAUUAGUUUUGUGCAACAUAAACGAUUUACUACUACUGAUGGAAUGGAUAUUUUACAUUCAAAACGAUUAAAACAAAAUCAAAUCAAAGAUACUGUUAAACCACAGCCCGUUGUUGGAAAUAAAGAAAAACAUCCAACUUUAUUACGAGAUUCUAAACCAGCGGCAACACUAGAAAAGCCUUUAUCUGAAACCGCUACCGAUGAUCUUGUAUUCGAUCAAUUUCGUAAGAAUCUUCAUGGUUCAAGAAAUUGGAAAAUUCGUCACGCUUAA